CAGAGUUCCUUCCUUAUUUUUUCUGGUGAGGUCACUGACACUCGAUAGACUUUUCACUUCGUCUUUGAUACUUUCAGUUAGGGCAGACUGUUGCACAGUUCUUAGUUCAGCUACCACGUUUUAUGAUUUAUUUAAUUUUUUUUGCCAGAAGGAUUUUGGAGAGAAGUUGAAGAGGCAUGACAAUGUUAACAACAUGCAUGUCUUUCUCGUUUCAGGUUGGUUCCGAAACCUCUUGAAAUCAAGAAGAUCGUUGGCAUCCCAACAUGAAGAAAAACCUAGCAAGACAAAUGUAUUGACACCAAUUUCAUAUACACCAACAUCAUCGUCAUCAUCAUCGUCUGGACCCAAAAAUCUGCCGUCUGCUCUGAGCUCAAACCUGAGAUGGAGACUAAAAUAUGACUUGCUCGUGUGCCACAGUCUCGCUGACGAUGACAUUGAGGAGGCUAAGGACCUGGUCUCUUUCCUGGAGGCUUCACCCCGCAACCUCAGGUGCUUCCUCUGGCAAAGGGACGUUUGUCCAGGAAGUCCAAUUUUCACAGAAUUCUGUCAGGCUGUGCAGGAGAGCCACUUGCAGGCUCUGCUCAUCACUCCUGACUUCCUGCAGGAAGAGUGGUGCAUGUACAUGAUGCACCAGGCUCUGGCGGAGGGGCCCAUGUCCAAGCGACUGAUUCCUCUGAUACAGAACAUAUCCCAUGAUAAGUACCCUCAGGAAAUCAAGUUCUUCUUCUACAUUAACCUGAGCAGGAACAUUGACCAAGGAUAUAGUCUCAUCAACGACACGGUGCUCAAGUAUCUAGAAGACCUGGUUAAAAAUGAGAGGACACACGACUCCAAUGUGGACAGCUCUCACAACGGACUAAGCUGGGAGGGCAGCUCACAAGGAGACGAUCUGAUCUCAAACAACAAACCUGCUGAGACUUCACUCUGAAAGUGACGCAGGAAAGAAUUGACAGAUUUAAUGAUGGCUGAAAUAAUCCUCAACAGUCAUUUAAGAACUAUAUGAAGGACAAGAGGCUCAGAGUGGAAGAAAACACUGCUGUUGUUGGCUGAAUUCAACUUUAGUCAUGUCUUAAUCACACCAUGUUAAGGGAAGUAUUUAGUGUCUAUAGGGUUUUUUCUUUGUCUUUUAUGUAAAGAUGUAUAAUAUGUAACAAUUCUUCAUAAAAAAUAUUUAAAAGUGA